GAACGGUUCUGAAAGCUGGGCUCAGCCGGCGCGUUCUCGUGUCGACGCCAGGGCACAUCUCACACCUCUUCUCACCAAGCGUGCGGCGCGUCCGGACUUCCCUGCCGAAACGGAGAACCAGCUCGCUCGCUCGCUCGCUCUCUCUCUCUCUCUCUCCCGUUCCUACGCGGGCCCCACUACCCGGCGUCAGCCCACACCGGAUCAAAAUCUUGGCUCCCGCGGCCGCGCCCGCGAUCCCGAGGAGAGAGAGAGAGAGACUUUGCAGUUGCAGCAGCGGAAGCCGCCAAGCAACUGGCCAACUGGGACUAGCCCAAGCGCCUCUCGUCCGCAGAGCCCCGGCCAGGCCCCGCCCCGUCCGUCGGGCUGGUCCCCCGCGGCCCGCCCACACCCACCGCGUGCGCCGCCGGAACGGGUGCGUGGCGUGACGCAUGCUGCGCGAUUUUAUACCCCGCCAUCCCCUGCCAGUCGCUCGCUGGCUCUUUCCUCAACCUUUGCUUCCGUGCUGAUCUUUACUACUACCUUGCCUGGUGUCGAGAGGAAGCCCCGGAGUACGGGAGGGCCGGUAGGCCGGAGAGCUUCUCGAGGAGCGAGAGGGCGGCCAUGAGGAUCCAGUGCGACGCGUGCGAGGGCGCGGCUGCCACGGUGGUGUGCUGCGCGGACGAGGCGGCGCUCUGCGCGCGCUGCGACGUCGAGAUCCACGCCGCCAACAAGCUCGCCGGCAAGCACCAGCGCCUCCCGCUCGGCGGAGGCAGCGGGGGCGUCCCGCGCUGCGACGUCUGCCAGGAGAAGCCGGCCUUCAUCUUCUGCGUCGAGGACAGGGCGCUCUUCUGCCGCGACUGCGACGAGCCCAUCCACGUCCCCGGCACGCUCUCGGGGAACCACCAGCGCUACCUCGCCACCGGCAUCCGCGUCGGCUUCAGCUCCGUCUGCGGCGCCGACGCCGACGCCCUCCCGCCGCCCAAGGGCGGCGCCUCCAAGCCCGCGGCUACCGCCGGGGCCGCCAAGGCGCCGGCCAGCAAGCCCGCGCAGCCGCAGGAGGUGCCGUCGUCGCCGUUCCUGCCGCCGUCCGGAUGGGCCGUGGAGGACCUCCUGCAGCUCACCGACUACGAGUCCAGCGACAAGAAGGACUCGCCUCUCGAGUUCAAGGAGCUGGAGUGGUUCGCGGACAUCGACCUGUUCCACGGCCACGCGCCGGCCAAGGCCGCGACGGCCGAGGUCCCCGAGCUCCUCGCCACGCCGCAGCCGGCGAGCAACGCGGGGUUCUACAGGACGAGCGGCGCGCGCCAGAGCAAGAAGCCGCGGGUGGAGCUGCCCGACGACGAGGACGACUUCUUCAUCGUUCCCGAUCUUGGCUGAGAUGUCAGGUCUUCGCAUGGUUCCCCUGUCAUGUGGUGUGUAUGUAUGCAAAGUAUUGUGUGUACGUGUGCCGUCAUGAGAUGCACCGAUCGCUUACGCUGGGCAUAUGUAAUUAUAAGGCAGUUUGGGGCCAGUACUUUCAGCCCGAGAAUUGAGAUGGGUUUGAUGUAUGAGAUGAACUCACUUGGUGCAGAUGUUCUUCUGCUCGAGUACGAUUCUAUCAGAUCCUUUACGGUUAUAUA